AUGAGAAAAGCAGCCUUGAGAAGACAUGGAGCGGAGUGGGGCGAAGUAGUCAAACAAGCCAUUCACGCAAAACUGAGGAAUGAGGAUAAUGUAACUAUAGCCGACCUCCACGCCGAACUGUCCUCGGCACAUGAAAAUUUCGUCCUUUCACAAACGACCUUGUACAGGCUCGUAAAAGGACUUGGCUUUUCUUUUACGAAGAAUACGGGGCUAAAAUUUAUAUUUGAAAGGGCAGACCUGGUGGCGAAGAGGCACGCCUUCUUGUCUGAGAUGGCUGCAGCACGACACAGGAAUGAAUACCUCAUCUACAUGGAUGAGACCUGGGUAUUCAGCGGCAUGGCGAAUAAAAAAGGAUGGAAUGACAAAACAAUUCCCCAAUUUGCCCCUCGCUCGUUGUUCCAGAGAUACUCCUACGGGAGAACUGUUUGUAAAAACAAGGGUAAGCGGGCCAUCGUGAUAGCGGCUAUGGCGGAAGAUGGCAUAGUAGAUAAAAGCGUCAGAGUGGUCGUUAGCGGAACGCGGAAUUUAGAGAGCGAUUACCAUGCCGACAUGAACCACACUCUGUUCGAGAAGUGGUUAGUGGACUCGCUACCACACAUGGUGCGACGGGCGGGGAGAAGGACUGUCACUUUGGUAAUGGAUAACGCUCCGUACCAUUGUAGGCAGUUAGAAAAGCUGCCCAGAAGUUCCUCGACUAAAGGACAAAUAAAGGACUUCCUGACUAGUAAGGGCAUCGAGUUGCCUGACGACGCCACGAAAGAAGAUUUGGUGAACGAGCUCCGCUGUUACAUCGACUUCAGGGGUGGCGUGACUGCUUUACGCAGUUACGCCACAGAGCAAAUAUGUAAUGACCAUGGUGUUAAUCUUAUAAGAUUACCACCAUUUCAUUGCAUGUUUAACCCUAUCGAGCUGUGUUGGAGCCAGCUCAAGGCGUUCCUGAAUAAGAUGGGAAGGACAACAGAUAAGAUUGAGGUGGUGAGGGAGCGAACUUCUACCUGGCUGGCGAGUGUGACUAGGACCGAAGCAAGUGCAUGGUUUCGGGAUGCGCAGGCGAAGGAGACCGAGGCUCGUCAGAAGGAGCUACUAGAUAUGGAGGAAGAUGGGUCAUCAACAGGGGGAGAAAGCGACUUAGAAGAAACUCUUUCAGAGUUUUCAUUAUGA